UUACGACAGCCCCGUUUUGACAAACCGUCCUACAAAAAAUUGGCAUAGUUUUAAGAACUCCCAGCAAGCUGUCCAACAUUUUGUUUCAUAUUUGUGUUUACUCGGUUUUCCGGGUGCUUUUGCAGAAAAGCAUCAAACGCAACAUCUCAUUCUUGGUAGUGUAUAUGUCGCACGUUAUUGCUGAGUUUAUGUGAGUCCCAAUCCACAGAAGAAAGGAAUUCUAGUCAGCUGGCAGCGGACAAUCUUGAAAAAGGCAUUUGUAGAAUGGAUCGCGUUAUGUGGUUAUCGGCACUCUCGGUUCUACUAAUAGCCGUAUGCGUUCAGUGUGCGGCAACGCAUAAACACACGCACACGCACACUGCCACCAAGGAACGCACCGAGGACGGAGCAUACGCACCGCGAGAUGCGCAUCACAUGGAGGGUGGAGAACACUUCUCAGAGUUCGAUCAUGAGGCGAUCCUAGGAAGUGUGAAGGAAGCGGAAGAGUUUGAUAAUUUAUCGCCGGAAGAGUCCAAGAAGCGACUCGCACUGCUGGUGAUUAAGAUGGAUCAAAACUCCGACGGAUACGUCGAUCGUCACGAGCUCAAAGCGUGGAUUCUUCGGUCGUUUAAAAGCCUUGCCGAGGAGGAAGCAUCCGAGCGGUUCGAAGAUGUCGAUUUGAAUAACGAUGAAUCGGUGACGUUGGACGAAUAUCUGCAGGAAACAUAUGGCAUGGAUAGCGAAGACGAGGAAGGAGUGCGGCUACCGUUCGAGGAGCCCCGGAACGAGGAGGAACGCAAGCUCAUUCAAGACGAUAAGGAAAUGUUCGAAGCAGCGGAUACGAACCGCGAUGGCAAGCUUGAUUCGACCGAGUUCGUACAGUUCAUCUCGCCGGAAGAGUUCUCACAAAUGUUGCCCAUAAUUCUGCAGCAAACGCUUCGCGACAAGGACACGAACAAGGACGGACGUAUCGACUUCCAGGAGUUUGUAGGGGACAAUGCGAAGGAUCAUGACAAGGAAUGGCUGGUGGUGGAAAUGGACAAAUUCAAGGAGGAUUUUGAUAAGAACAACGACGGUUUCCUGAGCGGAAACGAAAUCCUUUCAUGGGUUGUGCCGAGCAACGAUGAGGUUGCAAGCGAUGAAGUCGAUCACCUAUUUGCUGCCAGCGAUGAUGACCAUGACGAUCGCUUGUCGCACCAGGAAAUCAUCGACAAGUACGAUAUCUUCGUAGGUAGCGAGGCCACCGAUUAUGGCGACCAUCUGCAGAACAUUCAUCAUUUCGAUGACGAACUGUAAUCGACUCUAGCGGUUGGGCCAUAUGAGUAUGGGUGGCACACAUAAGCAGCUAUAUCGCACAUAUAUAUUUUUAAAAAUGUCUUGCUGUAAAAGCUCUCUUUCUCUCUCAUUUAGUCGCUAUUUUGUUUAUUCUUUUGAAUCAAGCUUAAUUUGAUUUUAUAACUGAUCGAUAACAGUUGCCAUAUAGAUAGUCAUUACAUAGAGUACCUAACAUGUGUUUGCCAAAUAACUUAUGUUUUCUCAUUGUACCACUAUUAAACUAUGAUUAAAACACUUCCAUUACUCGAUGGAAAACCUCUUAUCGCUUUUCUUUCGGAUUUCGGAAAAGUAUUUCACUGUCGUUACUAAUGCUGGUCAUUUAUUGCCAUGAUAUUUUUAGAAAUGCUCUCCAAUAGUGAAUUAGUUAUUGUGUAGUAGUGAAUUGCGGUAUAUUUACCAAUGUACGGUUCUGAUAUUUGCAUCAAAGCUACGGUAUAUUAUAAUGCGGAGUAUUUAUUUCUCCUUCAUGCUCUGUA